UGGAUUCAUGAAAAUUGUUGGACAACAAACCACUUCCACUGAACCUGGAAAAAGACAAUGAUCCUCGCAUGAUUACAUCUCCUCUAAAGUUUCCUGGCAAACUGGCAAUUGAUAUUCUUAACAACCGCCUCUUCAUUUCAGAUAGUAACCAUAACCGCAUAGAGGUAACUGAUCUAGAUGGUAACUUCAUCGUCCAAAUUAGAAGCACGGGAGAAGAGGGCCUAAGUGAUGGUUCCUUUGAUGAUGCUACAUUUAAUCGCCCUCAGGGUCUGGCUUACAAUGCAAAGAAGAAUCUUCUUUAUGUUGCCGAUACUGAAAAUCAUGCUUUAAGGGAAAUUGAUUUUGUUAGUGAGAAGGUUCGAACUCUUGCUGGAAAUGGAACGAAAGGUUCUGAUUACACAGGAGGUGGAACAGGAAACUCUCAGGCAAGACUACAACACCUUGACCUUCCAAACUUCAAACUUGAUUAAUAUAAUUCAUUGGCU